AUGCCUCCACUCUUUGAGCCUCUGCGCGUCGGCAAUGUCACAGUAAACCAUCGGGCGCGCGCCCCAGUCCCUGGCAACUUGAUCAUCGCCGAGGCAACUGUGAUCUCUGCGAUCCAGGCCUGGAAGAAAAUCACCGACGCUGUGCAUGGCAAGGGUAGCUAUAUCUUCUGCCAACUGGUUGCGCCGGGCCGUGUAGCCGACACAGGAACUCUCAGGAAGGAAGGGGGGUUCGAAGUUUCCGCCCCUAUCCCUAUCCCUAUGGAAGAUGGUGCCGCCGGUUUCGGAGCUUUGACUGAAGAAGAGAUUUACGAUUUUAUGCGUGACUUUGCAAUCGCCGCCAAGAACGCUAUUGCAGCGGGAUUCGAAGGCGUUGAGGUCUACGGUUCCAAUGGAUACCAGGUUGAUCAAUUCCUUCAAGACGUCCGUAAUUGGCGAACGGACCAGUGGGGCGGAAGCGUAGAAAACCGGGCAAGAUUCGGCAUUGAAGUUUCCAAAGCCCUUGUUGAAGCCGUUUGGUGCGGAACGGGUUUCAGAAUCAGUCCCUGGAAUACGUGGCAGGGGAUGAAGAUGGCUGAUCCUGUGCCUCAAUUCCCGUACUUAGUUCGCCAGCUCAAGGAUCUUGGAUUGGCAUAUUUGCACGUUAUCGAAUCACGCGUUAUCAAUAAUGUAGAUUGUGAGAAGCAGGAGGAUAUUAAGACCUUCCUUGACACCUGGGGCCGUAAGUCUCCUGUGUUAAUUGCCGGUGGUUAUAAACCGGAGAAUGUACUCCAUGCAAUACAGCAUGAGUACAAGGAUCACAAUAUCGCUCAUGGCAUUCCGCUUCAGGAAUAUGACAGGAAUACGUUUUAUACACCGAUGCAGUGUCAUGGGUAUGCGGACUAUCCUUUCAGUUCUGAAUUUCAGGCGUGUUUGAAAAAUUAG